AUGGUCCAGGCGAAUCCAGAAAACAGCACCGUUCAAGUGAAGUGCCCUGACUUUGUACAUGAACACUGGAUAGAAUGGAUUUUAACACUUAACAAACUAGAUAAAACGAAUCGAACAUUACUCAUUGCUUUUAAUGCUAUUUUAAUAUUUUUGACGAUAUUCCUCAACCUGCUUUCCAUGAUAACCAUCAGAAAAUCAUCUCAGUUGAAGAACAAAAUGUGUUACUUUGUAAUCCUAGUACAGUCUGUCGUUGACUUUGGUGUGGGUAUUUUAGGCAUACCUUCAUUCAUCCUCUACCUAUCUACUUCGUCAUUACCGCUACGCAUUCAAAACUGCCUUGUCGUUGUGGUUUUACUUCAGUCUUAUACCAUGGUUCUCUUGCUAUCAAAUGCGACAUUAGCUGCUAUGACAGUGGAAAGAUACAUAGGUGUGUUACACCCAUAUUCCUACCAAACCUUGGUCACAAAAGGACGGAUCGUAACUUUCCUAAGUGUAUUUGCCUUAAUCUCCAUUAUAAUUAACAUCUUAUCGAUUUACAUUCCAACUGAAGUAAUGCACUCCAUCGAUGUUUUUUUGAUAGCAAAUUUUCUCUUCAUUGUCUAUGCAUACACGAGAAUUUAUCUUGUGAUUAGAAAGCUAGUCCGCUCCGAAAGAAAGCCUGCCGACAUCGCACAAAAACACACCAAAAAGCGACGUCUUCUCCGGGAUAUCAAGCAUGCAAAAUCUUGUUUCAUUGUGGUACUAUGCUUUACUGUUUCUUUGCUGUCAGUUGCAGCAACUCCAGUUUACGAGGACAUGGAAAGUGCACAAGAUGUAGCGCAUUAUCAUUGGACAAUAACCUUGUUUAAUUUCAAUUCAAGUUUGAAUUCAAUGAUAUUUUUCUGGAACAAGACAAUGCUAAGAAAAGAGGCCAGUGUUGUACUGAAAUCCAUUUUGUCGCGGCUACAAUAG